AUGGCAGACUUCCCUCCUCCGCCCGUCGACACGAUCGACUGGGCCAACAUGGGUUUCAAGAUCCGAGAAGAAUCGCAUUACUCAGUCGAGACCGGAAAAUGGACAGAGCCUAGUUUUGUCGAGGACCCAUUCCUGCGCAUCCACGGCAUGGCGCCUGGACUCAACUACGGCAUGCAGUGUUACGAGGGCAUGAAGGCUUUCCGUGCCCCAGACAACACGAUCAACAUUUUCAGGCCAACCAAGAACGCCGAACGCAUGCAGCAUUCGGCCUCUUUCAUCUCGAUCCCCGAGGUGCCUUCAGACCACUUCCUUGCGUGCUGCAGCUUGGCCGUUGGAAUGAACGCCGCAUAUGUUCCGCCCCAUGAGACCGGCGGUGCCAUGUACAUCAGGCCACUGCUGUUUGGCAGCUCAGCACAGCUGGGGCUGAAUCCACCGCAGGAGUACACAUUCGUGGUGUACUGUAUCCCAACCGGCGUCUACCACGGAACCAACCCGGUGGAUGCCGUCAUCCUCGAGGAUUUUGACCGCGCUGCUCCAGAGGGCACGGGUUCCGCCAAGGUGGGUGGUAACUACGCCCCAGUGCUGCGACACAGUGAGAAAGCCUACAAGGCUGGAUACGGCAUUACCCUGCAUCUGGACAGCAAAACCCGAAGCGUAGUAGACGAGUUCUCCACUUCGGCAUUCAUCGGCGUGAAGAAAGACGGCGAUAAGGUCAAGCUUAUCGCCUCGAGCAGCAAGAACAUCAUCAAGAGUGUAACCGGAGACAGCGUGCUUAAAAUCGCCGAGUCAUUUGGCUGGGAGACAGAAUCACGAGAAAUCGCCUAUGAUGAAGUUAAAGGCUUCGAUGAGGUCCUUGCCGCCGGUACUGCCGCAGCACUCGUUCCCAUCAAGUCCAUCACCAUGGAGUCGCGAGGUGACAAGUUCACCUACGAGGCAGCACAGAAGGAGGUGCCGCCAACGUGCGCUAAGCUUCUGUCAACUCUGAAGGGCAUCCAACAGGGCAAGAUCGAAGACAAGCAAAACUGGUUGUUCAGAGUCGAGAAACCAGCACAGUUUGGCCAGACCAAACCGGAUGGUGCUCACACCGUUGGCCAGCUACCAUAAGUAGCGUAUAGAUCAACGCUGGAAGCUUCUCAUGAAGCUAUAUGUACAUGCAAUAGCUAGGCUAGUAGACAAAAUAAACAGCUUCUAGGUA